ACUAUUACAUCUUCAUGAACUGAAAUGUUGCAUGUUCCUAAAUGUCAACACAGAAGUCAAGACUGUUCAACACUGGUCAAACUCAAAACACAAUAAUAACCUCAAUGGGAGAAUAACAUGCUUUUUUGACUUUCAGUAUAUUUUACGACAAAACGAAAAUAUAAUUAAAGAUAACAAUUACAAUGAAAGUUGUUAAACGCACACGUGACUUUAAAGCUUUAGAAUUAAAACUUUCUCAAGAUUCAACCUCACCUCAUACAAUCUACUUCAAAGAGCAUUCAGUAAGAGAGCAUACCCAGGACCGACCGUCAGGCAGAACUUUAUUUGUUGUGAAUAUACCACCGUAUGCUGAUGAAAAAGGUAUUGUAAACGCGUUCAGUGAAGCGGGAACAGCGACUGUAGAGUUUAACCUAAAGCCAAGUGCCCCAGAAACUAAACUAAUACAUAAGUUUCUCCCUGAAAAGGACCAACCAUGUUUUCGCGUAGCUUAUUUAGUGUUCAAAAAUGUGUCAGCACUUGAUAAAGCAUUACAACUGACAAAGUUGCGUCCAAUGAACUCGGCUGGUCAUACUAUAAAAUUAGGAAUACAAAAAUGGAUAGAACAACACAAUAAUGCUGUACAACCACCUAAGGUGUUGAAGGAAAAUAUUGAAAAUUUCAUGAAGGAAUUUGAUACAAAAAUGGCAGAAGCUGAAAGGAAGGAGAAACAAUUAGAACAGGAGGACGACGAAGGGUGGGUGACGGUCACUAGGCGAGGCAAGGUUCAAAGCUUUGCACGCACAGAGAAGGUGGAAAACAAAAUCCUCGAAAAGGAAGAAAAGAAGAAAAAGAGGAAGGAGUUAAAGAACUUCUACACAUUCCAAAUAAGGGAAUCAAAAAUGAAACACAUUGUGGCUUUAAGACAGAAGUUUGAGGAAGACAAAAAGAAAAUAGCACAGAUCAAACAGACUCGUAGAUUUAAGCCAUUUUGAGAAUAAAACUAUAUUGACUUAA